AUGACAACCCUCCCGAGGCCAUCGCGACCUUCGAACGCACCUCCUCAAAUUGCCCUACCAGCGCUUCCCGUUGGAAAAACACGAAAAAGCAUGGGUGGACUAGCAGUUCCACCGACCAGGUCUACACCAGCAUCACCAAAAGCCCUUCGAACACCGUCCUCGAAUCUCCUUCCGCCUGCCACUCCAGCCCCUUCCGGAGCCUUACCUACACCUAGAACCGCCUCGGGAUACAAUGCGACGGGCAAGACACUUAGGAAAACAGUCAGCAUCAGCGCUUUCCCGCACCCCCCUCGCGGAGAUGGUCGAAUAUCCAGCCUCCCACCGAGCCCACUAUCCGCCGGCCUUUCGCGCAAGGUCAAGACGCCUACGACACCAACCUAUCAGUUUUCUAAUGGAUCCUCGAGUUUUCUUGCGGGAGCAGGCGACCAGAAAUCAGUCUCGCGAACAGGAGGGACGAGGAAUUCGGACGGACUGAUUAGUGUGUCUUCACCGCCCCAGAGCCGCAGUUCCUCUGCGCAGGACUCGUAUUCUACUUCUGCCACCCAGUACGAAGAUGCCACCGAUGCCGCAUCCAGGUCAGAUGCUUCCCCCGGAAAACCUGCCUCCAAGUUUGAUGGCAGGGGAAACGUCGUGGUCAGUGUCAGAGUCCGGCCAGAUGCUGCCGGCAAUGACCAGACGCCAGAUGGGGAGUGGAUGGUGGAGGGAAGAAAAUCGUUGAUCUCGUACCGCGGCAAGGAAGGGGGAGAUUAUAUCUAUGAUAACGUCUUUACGACACACGACGACAACGCCAAAGUCUACGACCACUGCGCGAAACGUUUGGUACGAAGAGUAAUGGAGGGCUACCACGGGACAGUAUUCGCCUACGGCAUGACGGGCACUGGAAAAACCUUCUCGAUGCAGGGAACUGCGUCAUCCCCGGGUGUAAUACCUCUCGCUAUUACCGACAUCUUCUCCUACAUUCGCGAAACCCCGUCUCGAGAGUUCUUGCUCCGCGUCAGCUACCUGGAAAUCUACAACGAGAAAAUCCACGACCUGCUGAGCAUGUCCACCAACAACGGCCCCGGCGCUAACCAGCAGCUGGAAGAGAUCAAGCUACGUGAGGACAGCAAGAGGGGGGUUUAUGCGAGCCCUCUCAAGGAGGAAAUUGUGCAGAGUCCGACGCAGCUUCUGCGUGUGAUUGCCCGUGGCGACCAGGCUCGUAGGACAGCAAGCACCCAAUUCAACGCCAGGAGUUCCCGGAGUCACGCCGUGGUGCAGAUUGUGGUGGAAAGCAGAGAGAGGGUCCCCGGAAGUGCUGCGGGGGAUAGCAAACGCCAAGCGCUUCCGCCCGGUGGCGUCCGGGUGUCGACAUUAAGUUUGAUCGACUUGGCUGGUUCUGAGAAGGCGGCCGAGUCCAAGGAGAGGCGUCAAGAAGGGUCCCACAUCAACAAAAGCUUACUCACUCUCGGAACGGUCAUCGCCAAGCUCUCCGAGCAAAAGGCCGAUGGCAAAUCCGCCGACAAGGAUGGGAAACACUUGCCGUACCGCGACAGCAAACUGACCAGAUUACUCCAGGGCGCGCUGUCCGGUAACUCGUUGGUUAGCAUUCUCUGCACAAUUCAAAUCGGCGCUCCUGCAAGCGCAACAUCAGCAAACACGCACAACAACGAAACCCUCAACACAUUAAAGUUUGCCUCUCGUGCCAAAAACAGCAUUGUCAGCCACGCCAAGCGUGCCGAGGAGUCUUUGGGCGCUGGUGGCGACGGAGGCGCAAAGGUACUUUUGGAGCGGUACAGAAUGGAGAUUGCCGAGCUUCGAAAGGAGCUCGAAGCCCAAGCAAAGUCCAACAGCAAGAAGGAGGCCGAGAUUGAGAAGGAGAGGGACGCCGAGGAGGAAAGGGCUCGUGAGAAGGAAGCCGAGUUGCGGCAUGAAGAGCAGAUGCUCGAAAUGCAGCUUGCUAGAACCGCGCUGAAGGAGAGGAUAGACCACCUCAACCGCCUCAUACUCAGUUCAAAAUCGAUAGGGGUCAAUGCGAGCGGGUCCUUCAGCUCGUUGGGCAUUCAUCCCCGAUACUCGCAAGGUUCCAUCCGGUCGUCGAUGACUAUCUCUAAUGGAGGCAAGCUCAGCCUGGAGAGGACAGCGUCCAUGACAUCUAGUGCUUCAACAAUUGGACGGAAGUCGAGUAGUCAUCGGUCGUCUGGCGGUGCACCAGAAGCGGUACCACUGACAGAAGACGAUGACAGCAUGGGGGAGUACGGCGACGGGACGGCAUCACUUGCCGCUCAGAACCGAGCCCUCCAAGCGGAUCUUGUCGACAAGAACCGCUACAUCCAAACGCUAGAGAAAAGAUUGCUGCAAGCCCGCCGCGCGAGCUCCUCUCGGGCGUCGGUCGGCAUUGCAACAGCAGGAAAGGGCAUCAUGGUUGGCGAGGACCAUAGUGUGUCCGCUCUUCUCAAGGAGAAGGAUGCCGAAAUCGCGGAGCUCCGUGCCCGCCUCGACGACAAGGACCGGAUGUUGACUGCGCUGCGGAGCGCGGCCAGGUCAAGAGACAAUGCGGAACGAGUCGAGUCCCGGUCAGAGGCCCGCAACUCGCAAAUUCUCGACAGCAACCCAGGGCCAGCACCGCUCGGCAGCCCGCCUGCCCCCAACUCGCUAGUUAGACAAGUCUCGCAGCUUCGGAAGCAGACGAAGAAUGUCGAUGAGAUGAGCAAGAUGCUCGAUGAGAUGCUUCACGAAAGGGUGGAGAGCGGGCAGGUUGUCAGGGGAAAUCGGGGGAGCCUCAGGGUGGUUGGUCCAGAGAGGGAGCCGAGGGAGAGGGGGUCGUUGCUUAAGGAGUUGGUCCCUUCGCCACCGCCGACGAUGCCAUUACCUUCGCCGCAGAUUCUCACGCAGAGCCCAUCGCUUCCACCAUCGAUGCCACAACCUCCUCCACCACUGGGCGCGGGGCCAUCUGGAUCCCAGCCACCGAUUCAGUUACAGUUGUUGUCCAAGCAGAGGACCUCGUUAAGCCAGGAGCCGAGCAAAGCAGUUGCGAUGGAGGUGUAG